GAUCUAGAUAUCGUCCGACUGAACCAUACAUAACACGAUGAUGAUGAAAUUUGUGUUUAUUCUCCGAUUUUAUGUCGGUUUGUGAACAGGAAAGGUGGGAAACAAUGAAUCUGAAUAGAGAACGUUUUAAUCUGUGUUUAUUAACUUCUAAUAUUUUAUUUAAUUGUUCAAUAUACAUCUGAAAGUGAUAUUUAAGAAUGGAUCGGUCAAGAUUGUCUACGACCUCCCGACCAGUCCCAAAGACGUUGUUACAACACGUAAAAUGGGAGUACCUUGCUGCGGGUAUAACUGGUGGAGUUGUUUCUACUCUAGUUUUACAUCCUCUAGAUCUAGUCAAAAUAAGAUUCCAAGUUCACGAGGGCUAUGGGGUGGCUGUUGCUAAGCGACCACAGUAUCAGGGAAUGUUCCAUGCAUUACGCUCAAUAUUUUCUACGGGUGGUGUCACAGGGUUGUAUCAGGGUGUGACACCAAAUGUAUGGGGAGCAGGUAUCUCCUGGGGUCUCUACUUUUUCUUUUACAACUCAAUUAAAACAUGGAUGCAGGACGGGGACACGAGGCGAGCGCUGGGAGCCACAAAACAUAUCAUGAUAGCUUCAGAAGCAGGUUUGUUAACCCUAGUACUGACCAAUCCAAUCUGGGUAGCAAAGACGCGCCUCUGUUUACAGUACGAGAGUCGACCUACAGACUGUAUAAAAUACAAUGGUACUAUAGAUGCGCUAGUGAAACUAUAUAAAUAUGAGGGCAUUAGAGGCUUGUAUAAGGGUUUUGUACCAGGUGUAUUUGGUAUAUCACAUGGUGCCAUACAGUUUAUGACGUACGAGGAAAUGAAGAAUUAUUAUAACCAAAGACAGAAUAGACCAGUUGAUACAAGAUUGACUACAGUAGAAUAUCUUUCGUUUGCAGCGGUAUCUAAGAUUAUAGCCGCCUGUAUCACGUAUCCAUACCAGGUGCUACGAGCUCGACUACAGGACCAACAUGUUAGCUAUAGUGGAGUCAUCGAUGUCGUUCAAAAAAUUCUCAAACAUGAGGGUGUGUAUGGUUUCUAUAAAGGCCUGAUACCAGCUUUGUUACGAGUUACUCCAGCUUGCUGUAUAACAUUCAUCGUAUACGAGAACCUUAUAACAUACCUGCUACACUCGGAUAAAAAUAACAGUGCGGCGGACGAUGUGGCGGGACAGAUCAACGAAGAUAAAGUAGAUAUAUCUGCCAGUGAAGAUAUGUUUGUAGAAGGGGAUGAAGAUGUACCAAUGUCUGGAAAUAAAAAAACUACUGAAAGUGCUAAUAAAAUAAAAACUGUAUGAUGUGGCAGAUAAAGAAUAUAUACUACCUGUAGAAAUAUUUUUAUGAGAUUUUUGUUUUUAUUGUGUUCUCUUGUAUUUGUGAAAGGUCAUAAAACUUUAGGAAAGUAUUAUUUGAUUAACUAACUACAGCUUUAUAAUUAUAGAAUUCAUGAUGAUGUGACCAACAAUGUGUUAUAACGCUGUUAAACCCGGACAAUUUUGGUUUGUUUGGUUUGGUUUUAUGGCGCACAAACACAGUUUAGGUCAUAUACUUGGCAGAAAAAAUAAUCUAAUAACCACUGGAAAAGUAAUGAAGACAACAAAAUUACAUGAAAAUUGCAGACUUGGUUUGAUUGAAUCUGUUCAUUAGGGAUAAUAAAAAAGUGCACCAUCCCUAACAACCCCUAGUACAGUCUUUAGUGGUAUUCAAUCUUCUAGGCAUGAUGAAAUCAAUGAUCUCAAGGGACCAGAAAAAUCAAACAGACCAUUUGAUUAAAAUUAUAUAAUUAUGUCAGCCUCUGGCAAACAUAAUAUUAUUUUAUUCAACAAG